GGGACCCGACUGAUCAUUCCGACUGGCUUUUCUGUCGACGGUCGGCCGUCUGGUUGGUGUGUCUUGGCUAUUACGCUUUCUCAAACUUGAUCUUGUGGCUGUAUUACUACUGCGCCUCAACUUUAAUUUGGGGGAUCAUUUUAGUUGUAAUCUUCUAUUUACUAGUAUUUCUCUAGUAUAAAUACUGUAUUUUAACCCAGUGGAAAGAAAGUUUUAUAAAAACACAUCUUUACAAAAAGUCCUUGAGCUAAAAUGGCUAAUUUGAUUAGUUUAACCUGUAGGCCCACAGGUGUAUCCCAGGUGAUGUAAGGCACCUCUGCCUGUAGAGACCAAGAUGACUGAAGUCCAGGCCACAGUGGAGUUCUCUGUGGAGCUCCACAAGUUCUACAAUGUGGACCUGUUCCAAAGAGGGUUCUACCAGAUUCGUGCCGGUCUGAAGGUGCCUCCCCGGGUCCCACACAAAGUUGAGACCAGUCUGCUUCACCCGGGAGGCUCUGAUCUGGCGUUUCCUGCUUUAGUCCAAGAUGAUGUCAUCUGCAGCAAAACUUUCCAAAUCCUGUACAAGAAUGAAGAGGUUGUGGUCAAUGAUGUCCUCCUCUUCAAAGUGAUGAUGCUGCUGGAUGAGAAGAAGGUGGAAGAGUCCCUCAAUGACAUGGAUUUCCAACUCUUCUUAGAUUUAUAUUUCACAGAUGGUGAUUACACGCCAGAUGACCCAAGCUCUCUACAGAAUAUCAGUGGCCGCACACUUCGUUUGCACUUUACCCUUCAGCGAGGCAUCCACCAACACGUCAAUGUCAUGUUUGACUACUUCCACCUGUCUGUCAUCUCUGUAGCCAUCCAUGCCUCCCUAGUGGCACUACAUCAGCCCCUUAUCAGUUUGCCUCGACCCGUGAAAACCACAUGGCUUAACCGCAACGCUCCACCACAGAGCAAAGACUCUGUCAUCCCACCUCUGGAGAACGUGGUGUUCGGCAGCAGUUAUGUCAAGCAAGUAUCACCAGAUGGCAGGACGUUCCUGAUGUCCGACCACUGUCUGCAGCAUGCCUUCAGUCUGCACCAUAGCCUCUGCUCCAAUCUCCUGCUAGCCUACCAGGGUCUCUUUGACUACUUCACCUCUAUUACCAAGGAUCUGCCCUCCUCCCAUCGUAUGGAACUAGCCAAGCCCAGCAUGCAAGUCCUAUAUGAGAGAGUACUCAGAAGACCCUAUCCCCGAAGUCAAAGGCACGUCUACAUAGAACAACUCGACUUAGAGGCCCGUCUAGCUGAGUUAUGUGAACAAAUCAAGCAAAAAGCAGAGUCCCCUGACGAGCUGGCAGAACUGGUAAAUAUGAACCUGGCUCAGCUCUGCUCUCUGCUAAUGGCACUCUGGGGACAAUUCCUAGAGGUAGUGUCCCUGCAGGAGCAUGUUGCUUCCCUCCUAGCUAUGGAGCACCACACCCUAAGAGUAAGGCGGUUUGCUGAGGCUUUCUUUUGUCUCGAACAUCCAAGGCAAUCUGCGCUAGCAUAUCAGGAACUACAUGCUCACAGUCACCAGCAGAUGACUAAUGCUAUCAAAAGCUCCAGCUACUUCCUGUCUUUGCCUCCACUUCCAGUGGAAUGUGCAGAUCUGGAUGGUGAUGUUAGCUCCCUGCCGAUCAUCUUUGAGGAUAGAUACCUGGAUUCUAUCACUGAAGAUCGCGAUGGACCCUGGCUGGGCAUGCACAAUACAAGGACUGGCUCAGUGUCCAGCAAAACGGACAAGCCCAACUCCAAGGAGUGCAGUGCAGCAGCCAGCCCCAUACCUGAGUCUCGGUGUGGCCCUAUGGAUAACACCUGGCCAGACAACAAUGAUCUACCACCUAAGUCCAAAGGCAAGUCAGUCAAACUGAAGAAAAAUUCAAAGACUGAGAACUCCAAGAAGCUGAUAAGACAGGGCUCCAAGGACUCUGUAGUGUUGAUGGGCUAUAAAAACCUCAAAGCUCCUUAUGGGGACACAAAGCACAAGGAAGGGGAAGCUCCCCCAAACCAAGAAGAGGAACGAGAUACCCUGCAGAGAGACUCAAGUAGAAGUUUAAGGACUAAUGCAAAUUCAGUGUUUGACUCUGUUGCCACAUCAGCACAAUGUGAUGUUGAUUCUGUUCCAGAUGACAAUAUAACUACUGCUGCUUGUCAAAAAGGUUUUAUUAAAAAUCCUUUAAACUUCGACACACAGAAUAAUCCUCAGGCAGGUACUGGGGUUAUUGCUGCAUGCAAUCAACCACUUCACAAAGAUGAGCAAGUUGACCACAGUGGCCAAACGCUGCCACAGUGGUCUGCUGGGCUGAAGCAAAUUGAGGUAAAACCAAGUAACAAGGACCCAUACCAAGGGGACAAAGUAACAGUUCUUCUACCAUGUCGGACUGAUGGAACUCUAAGCAGUAAUAUUCCUGAGAUCACCCAGACAGACCUCUGUGACUCAAAACCGUUUGUAGCGGACUCUGUGUUUGAAAGGCCAGGUAAAGAGGCAGCACAGCGUAGCCAGUCCUGUCUGGUCUCGGUACAGGUGAAAGGUGGUUGUAUCAGGCUGCCAGAUGGAGGAGCCCCCAGUGCCUCGUCUCACCUUUCAGACUCGGGCAUUGAAAGUGAGCCCAGCUCCUUCGCUACUCCGCUCGCUCCAGGACUUCAGGCUUGUGCAGGACUUGGCGUCACUGAAUCAGCUGUUGCUGCCCCACAGCCUGAGAGGCCCUUCCUCUCUGCACCACGGCCUGUUCAGCAAAGCUCAGUGCAAAAGCCCAGUGGGGCAGCAGACGUUCUCUACCAAGAAAAUACCAGUGCAGUCAGUGGAGUCCAGUCCUCUCUUACUUCUAUCAACUCCUUGCCCUCAGAUGAUGAGGGCGAAGGUUCCUCUAAGGGCUCCAGUGGAGCUGAUGUCCAAGGCAGGAAGUCCAGUGUUUUGGUGCAGGAGCAGAGUGUAGUCUUCUCUGGGGAUAUCAGUAACACACCUGCCAUCUGCGUGGCCUGCACCCCUGACCCUGCUGCAGGUGAUUCCCAACUUAUACAACCUUCUUUUGCUUUGGAAACCGACCCCAAGUUAACAGGUAUUUCUGAAGUUGGACUAGAGGGAGCAGCGGGUUCUGGGGCCGGUAAAGAAUCCCGUAGUGAACCCCAUACUGCCUGCCCUUCCAGUAACUCUGCCACCAGUAGCACUGACCUGGUAAAACGUGGGAUGGUAGAGAACUACUUUGGCUCAUGCUCUAGCACAGAUGUGUCUGAGAUCAGCCCUGUAGAAACAUCUGCUAUCACGCUGGGAAUCCACGCUGGACCACAGGUCGAAGAGGAUGAGGACGAGCCCGAGCAUGAGAUGAUCGAGAAUGGUUACUACGAGGAAGGUGAUGGCUAUGCUUUUGUUAACGGUGUUGCUGAUGAGGAGCAGAGUGGGGCUGGGAAUGCAGCCGCUUCAGAGACAUGUCUUCUCUUUGAACAGCUUGGCAUCGGCUACCCCCAUGAAACAAAGGAUUUAUCAAAAGCUCCCAUCUGCUCCAACCUAGCCUCCGGCAGCGUUGGGUAUAGCUUGGGAAGACCUCCCUGUCCCUCCACCCUCUUUUCUUCAAGUCUGCGGUGGUAUGAAUGUGCACCCACGCCACAGAUGAAAGCGUUCAUUAAGGCCAAGGAAGAAAUGAAACAGCUAAGGCUGCCAGGCUUCUUGUAUAGUGAAGUACCGGAGCUGGCAUCCACUGUGCCCUACUUUAGCUUGGAGGAAGAUGAAAGCUGUGAAGAAGGCAUCCAUCUCAUAGUUUGCGUUCAUGGCCUGGAUGGUAACAGUGCAGACCUGAGACUGGUGAAGACUUACCUGGAGCUGGGACUGCCUGGUGCUCGUAUAGACUUCCUCAUGUCAGAGAGGAACCAGAAUGACACUUUUGCUGACUUUGAGUCGAUGACAGACCGAUUGCUGGAUGAAAUAGUCCAGUACAUUCAGAUAUACAACCUCACAGUGUCAAAGAUAAGCUUUGUGGGUCAUUCCUUGGGGAACCUCAUCGUUCGCUCAGUGCUAACUCGGCCUAGGUUCAAAUGUUACCUGAGCAGGCUGCACACCUUCCUCUCCCUCAGUGGACCUCACCUUGGCACAUUGUACAACAGCUCUGCUCUGGUCAAUACAGGCCUUUGGUUCAUGCAGAAGUGGAAAAAGUCAGGGUCACUCCUGCAGCUGACGUGCCGUGAUAACUCUGAUCCUCGCCAAACUUUCCUCUACAAGCUCAGCAAGAAAUCUGGGCUGCAGUUUUUCAAGAAUGUGGUGCUGGUGGGGUCACUGCAGGAUCGCUAUGUCCCCUAUCAUUCUGCUCGAAUAGAAAUGUGCAAAACUGCAUUAAAGGACAAACAAACAGGUCCUGUGUAUGCUGAGAUGAUUGAAAACCUGCUGCUGCCAGUACUUCAGAACAAAGACUGUAAUCUAGUGCGAUAUGAUGUCAUUCAUGCUCUGCCCAACACAGCCAAUUCCCUUAUAGGCCGGGCCGCCCACAUUGCCGUCCUUGAUUCUGAGAUCUUCCUGGAGAAGUUCUUUCUUGUUGCAGGCCUCAAGUUUUUUCAGUAGAACUGUGGCAGAAUCAAACACAUUGGUGGAUGAGAGGAAUGUGGAGCUAAUACCUCACUGCAUCUAAACCUUAUUCGGAUUAUGGUAUCUGGAUUAUCUCUUGGUUUUUAAAUACAUAUAAUCACUUUAAGACAUAUGAGCAAAAUCACAAUUUCUUUCAUUUCAUGUUUAUAUUGGAAUCACAGUGGAUAUGGACAUUUUUAUUUUUCUACUGCCAUCUUUUAAAAAUUGUUUUGUUUUUUUUGUGUAUGGGAAAUGAUUCCCCCCAUCAUAUGCUAUAUUUUCAGUGUUAUUUAUGUGUUCUGUUUCCACUUUUAAUUCACUUUUAAAAAGUUAUUCAAUUAAUAUUAGAUGCUGAACUGGAAAUGUAGCUGCUACAAAAAUGAAAUGGCUGUUUUGGUGAGCUGGCCCAAGUCACGUCUGCACAUACUGUCCUCACCAUUGCAAAUGUUUCCCACCAAUUUAAAGAGACACUGCAUUGAUUUGCACCAAAACUACAUUUUACAAGCUUUUGUACUGAAAAUGAUCAUUUGUACAAGUUGCUUUUUUUAUCAACAAUUUUCCAUCAUUUUUAAUGGCAAAGAUUGCAUUUGAAAUAGGAUUGUUGCUCAGACAUGGCAGCCUUGGCUUUGGUCUUAAUACUUUAUGCUGGCCCUUGCCAUUGCAGCAUUCUGCACAACAUUUACCCAAACUGGUGUUGGGAGAAUAAAGCUUUGCCUACAACAUAACAUUUUAUUAGGGGUUUUAAGUAAUGACCAUGAUUCAGCAAAAGCACAUGUCAGUAAUGUGAACUUGUUUUAUUGAAAGUAUUUGAUUGGUAUCAUUUGGUGUUUAAAACUGGAAAGUAUUGCUUGGAAUUAAAAAAUGUUUAUUGGAAAAUUGUUUAUAUAUCAUCAUACUCCCAUUAAAUAUGCAUAUUAUGAA